AUGGCAUACUACGAUAUUUUAAACGAUAUGGUAUACUACGAUAUUUUAAACGAUAUGGCAUACUACGAUAUUUUAAACGAUAUGGCAUACUACGAUAUUUUAAACGAUAUGGUAUACUACGAUAUUUUAAACGAUAUGGUAUACUACGAUAUUUUAAACGAUAUGGUAUACUACGAUAUUUUAAAUGAUAUGGCAUACUACGAUAUUUUAAACGAUAUGGUAUACUACGAUAUUUUAAACGAUAUGGUAUACUACGAUAUUUUAAAUGAUAUGGCAUACGACGAUAUUUUAAACGAUAUGGUAUACUACGAUAUUUUAAAUGAUAUGGCAUACUACGAUAUUUUAAAUGAUAUGGUAUACUACGAUAUUUUAAAUGAUAUGGCAUACUACGAUAUUUUAAAUGAUAUGGUAUACUACGAUAUUUUAAAUGAUAUGGCAUACGACGAUAUUUUAAACGAUAUGGUAUACUACGAUAUUUUAAAUGAUAUGGUAUACGACGAUAUUUUAAAUGAUAUGGUAUACUACGAUAUUUUAAACGAUAUGGUAUACUACGAUAUUUUAAACGAUAUGGUAUACUACGAUAUUUUAAAUGAUAUGGCAUACGACGAUAUUUUAAACGAUAUGGUAUACUACGAUAUUUUAAAUGAUAUGGCAUACGACGAUAUUUUAAAUGAUAUGGUAUACUACGAUAUUUUAAAUGAUAUGGCAUACUACGAUAUUUUAAACGAUAUGGUAUACUACGAUAUUUUAAAUGAUAUGGCAUACUACGAUAUUUUAAAUGAUAUGGUAUACUACGAUAUUUUAAAUAUGGCAUACGACGAUAUUUUAAACGAUAUGGUAUACUACGAUAUUUUAAACGAUAUGGUAUACUACGAUAUUUUAAACGAUAUGGUAUACUACGAUAUUUUAAACGAUAUGGUAUACUACGAUAUUUUAAAUGAUAUGGCAUACGACGAUAUUUUAAAUGAUAUGGUAUACUACGAUAUUUUAAAUAUGGUAUACUACGAUAUUUUAAACGAUAUGGUAUACUACGAUAUUUUAAAUGAUAUGGCAUACGACGAUAUUUUAAACGAUAUGGUAUACUACGAUAUUUUAAACGAAAUGGCAUACAUAUACAUUAUAUGUAUGAUAACAAAUACAACACACUUGCUGUAUUUCUGA